AUGGUUGAUGAAAUCAGAGCACAAGUUUAUCAUGCUAAUGAAUGGCAAAGUGAUGAAGAAGGUGAACAAGAGGCGGUGAAGAAUAAGUACAUAAUUCAUGAUCCAAACACACCAUGGGAUAAGAUGGAACCUAAGUCUUACUCCUCUAAUAUCAAACCAGUGAAUGGGAGUAAUCUUUGGAGCAAAACUGGAUUUAUAAAGCCAUUGCCUGCUUUGGCUAGGAGAAUGCCAGGUAGGCCUACUACCAAAAGGAAGAGGCAUGCUAGUGAACAAGAGGGGAGGUUUUCAUCAACAAGGGUAUUUGUACCAAGAACAGUAAGAUGUGAGAAGUGCUUAGAGUAUGGCCAUAAUAAAAAAAGUUGUAAGAAUGAGAAAAAGCCAGUAGUACCCUUGCCACCAAAGAAAAGAGGCAGACCAAGGAAAGAUCCAUUGUUAACUGAAUAUGAUGAAUCAUUAAGAGCUUCUCAAUCCAGUCAGCCUCCAAAGAAGAAAAACAAGUCAAAGAAAGAAGCAUCAAGUUCCAAGGUUUUAAAAGCAUCAAGGUCCAAAAAAGAGGCUACUGAAUAUGAUGAAUCAUUAAGAGCUUCUCAAUCCAGUCAGCCUCCAAAGAAGAAAAACAAGUCAAAGAAAAAAGCAUCAAGUUCCAAGAUUGGGGAAGGUGAUGGUAUUGAGACUGGGGAUCAUGGUGAUAGUAUUGAGACUGGGGAUCAUGGUGAUGGUAUUCAGAUUGGGGAAGGUGAUGGUAUUGAGACUGGGGAUCAUGGUGAUGGUAUUGAGACUGGGGAUCAUGGUGAUGAUAUUCAGACUGGGGAUGUUAAUGAUGUUAUUGUUGAAGAUGGUCAUAUUGCUGAAGAAGUUGAAGUGGUUGAUGUUGGAAAAGAAGAUGUUUUGCUUCCAAGGGUUGGUUUAGAGCUACACAAAGUACUUGAUGAGGUUGAGCAGGGGUUGGACGAAAUAUUAGGGGAGGGUAGUUUUCAACAACAAUCAGAAACCUAUGAUGCUACUCAAUCAGAUUAUGGGGGUAAUGUUGAGUUUAAUGAUGGAAAAGAUGAUGGUGUCCUUAUAUAUAAGGUAAAGCUGGAUGCUGAACAGAUUGCAUUGAUGUUGGAAGCAGGAUAUAGCAUGGAAGAAAUUGAAGGUAUGGAAGGGGUAGAACUGGAACUGGAUGACAUGCCACCCGUUGAGUUGGAUAUGGAAGAUGUAUUGGAUCAUCCAUCUGAUAAUGAUGAUGAUGCUAUUAUUGAUGAUGUUGAUGGUAUUGUUGAUGAUGCUAUUAUUGAGGUUGAUGGUGGUGGUGAACAAAAAGAAGGGGAUGAUGAUGGUCACUUGGGUGAUGAUGAAGGUGAACAAGAAGAAGGAGGUGAUGAUGAAGGUCCUGAUGAUGUCCCUAGAGCGACAAAGUUGAGAAAACCCUCUGAAAGGAUCAUUUUGCAGAAGUUGAAGAAGACGGUGUUUGAUAAAAAUGGAGGUGGUUCAUCUGCUAGCAAUCCAGUUAGGUUGGAGUAG